AUGGCGGCCCCUGCGCUCUCCAGUCGGGCAGGCUCGGUAAACAGCCUGGGGAACAGCCCCACCGCGGCCCCGGGCUCCUCCGCAGCCAGCGGCAGCAGCAACGGCAAGACGCCGCAGGCUCUCCCGGAGCUGGACUUCAGGUCCGGGGCCCGCAUGGAGGACCUGAACCGGCUUAUCCAGGAGUUCAGCAAGCACGACCAGCGGGAGUACGACGACCAGCGGGCUCUGGAGAUCCACACGGCCAAGGACUUCAUCUUCUCCAUGCUCGGUAUGGUGCAGAAGCUUGACCAGAAGCUCCCAGUGGCCAACGAGUACCUUCUCCUGUCAGGAGGGGUGCGGGAGGGUGUGGUAGACAUGGACCUGGACGAGCUGAGCGUCUAUGCCCGCGGCACCGACUAUGACAUGGACUUCACCCUGCUGGUGCCAGCCCUCAAACUCCACGACCGCAACCAGCCUGUGACCCUAGACAUGCGCCACUCAGCACUGUGCCACUCUUGGUUGAGCCUCCGCCUUUUUGAUGAGGGGACCAUCAACAAGUGGAAGGACUGCUGCACCAUUGUCGACCACAUCAAUGGCGCUACCAACUACUUCUUCUCUCCCACGCUGGUGGCUGAUUGGUUCUACCAGUCUAUCUCGCUGGUCCUGAUGGAGGUGCAGAAGAAGCCUCAGAGAGGGAUGCCGCGUGUGGAGAAGGUGGAGAGGAAUGGUACCAUCAUUUCGGUGAUCCUGGGUGUGGGCAGCAGCAGGAUGCUCUAUGACAUCGUCCCCGUGGUGUCAUUUAAAGGCUGGCCUGCUGUGGCCCAGAGCUGGCUGAUGGAGAACCACUUCUGGGAUGGGAAGAUCACAGAGGAGGAGGUGAUCAGCGGCUUCUACCUGCUCCCUGCCUGCUCCUUCAAGGGCCGCAAGGAGAAUGAGUGGCGCCUGUCAUUCGCCCGCAGUGAGGUGCAGCUAAAGAAGUGCAUCUCAUCCAGCUUGAUGCAGGCCUACCAGGCCUGUAAAGCCAUCAUCAUCAAACUACUGUCACGCCCCAAAGCCAUCAGCCCAUAUCACCUCCGCAGUAUGAUGCUGUGGGCCUGCGACCGCCUCCCUGCAAACUACCUGGCCCAGGACGACUUCUCCGCCCAUUUCCUUUUGGGCCUCAUCGAUGACCUGCAGUAUUGUCUUGUCAACAAGUUGUGUCCCAAUUACUUCAUACCACAAUGCAACAUGCUGGAACACCUGUCUGAUGAGACGGCCAUGCUGCACGCCCGCAAACUUUCUUCGGUCCGCUCUGACCCAGCCGAGCACCUUCGCACCACCAUCGAGCAUGCCAAAGCGGCUAACAGGCUGACCACGGACACACAGUGGCGGGGGAGUGGCAACAACCUGCCUUCACCGCAGUCCGACGCCAGUGGAGAGAACCAACCAGAUGAUCGCCUGGCCAAGAAACUCCAGCAGCUGGUCACUGAGAACCCUGGGAAAUCCAUUUCGGUCUUCAUCAACCCAGAUGAUGUGACGCGGCCGCACUUCCGUAUCGAUGACAAGUUCUUCUGAGACUGUGGAAUGUUCUGCUCUCCGACCUUACUCUUCUCCUUGUUCUCUUCUCCUCGUACCCUUCCUUCUCCUAGUACCCUUUCCUCCCUUGAGUUUGUUGAAUCUGAUUUCUAUUUUUUUAUGUUUUUUCACUGUUGUCACAAAAUUAAGUAAGGUGAUCGUCCAGUUGUGUCUGCCACUUUUUCUAGUUUUCUAGUUUCCUGCCUUCCUUUCUUUCCAUUUUCUUUCCUUCCUGACUGGGUACCCUCAGAGCCGUGGGAAGAUGCUUUAAGUUGGGAGUGCUGUAGUGGGAGAUGCAUUUUUGCGUG